AUGUCCUCGGCCGUGGGGCCCCGCGGUCCUCGCCCACCCACGGUGCCUCCCCCGAUGCAAGAGCUGCCCGACCUGAGCCACCUGACCGAGGAGGAGAGGAACAUUAUCAUGGCAGUGAUGGACCGGCAGAAGGAAGAGGAGGAAAAAGAAGAAGCCAUGCUCAAGUGUGUUGUCAGGGACAUGGCGAAGCCUGCUGCCUGCAAAACACCGAGAAAUGCUGAAAACCAGCCCCACCAACCACCACCGAGAUUGCAUCAACAGUUUGAAAGCUAUAAGGAACAAGUGAGAAAAAUAGGAGAAGAAGCUCGACGUUACCAGGGCGAGCACAAAGAUGAUGCUCCGACCUGCGGCAUCUGUCACAAGACGAAGUUUGCUGACGGGUGUGGCCACCUGUGCUCGUACUGCCGCACCAGGUUCUGCGCCCGCUGUGGAGGCCGCGUGUCCCUGCGGUCCAGCAAGGAGGACAAAGUGGUUAUGUGGGUAUGCAAUCUAUGUCGGAAGCAGCAAGAAAUCCUAACCAAGUCUGGGGCGUGGUUCUUUGGAGGCGGCCCUCAGCAGCCAAGUCAGGAUGGAACCCUAAGCGACACGGCAACAGGUGCUGGAUCCGAGGUCCCCAGAGAAAAGAAAGCCCGACUCCAAGAGCGUUCGCGGUCUCAGACCCCCCUGAGCACAGCAGCUGCCCCCUCGCAGGACGCGGCUCCGCCCAGCGCACAGCCAGACAGGAGCCAGGCGGUGGAGCCCGCGCAGCCGGCCGCGGGGCCGGAGCAGAAGCAGGCGGCCUCCAGGUCCAGGAGCGAGCCUCCGAGAGAGAGGAAGAAGACCCCGGCGCUCUCGGAGCAGAACGGCAGAGCGGCGCCCAAGAGCGAGCGGAGACGCGCGCCCAGGGCCUCGGCGCCGCCCAGGGAGGGGCCCGCGGAGGAGCGCGAGCGGAAGGAAAGGCGGGAAAGCCGCAGGCUGGAGAAGGGCCGGUCGCAGGACUACCCCGACGGGCCGGAGGCGCGCGAGCGCGGCAGGGCGGCGGAGGACGCGAAGCCCAGCAAGGAGGAGGAGUACCAGACCAAUAUCGGAAGCACGAGACCCCGCAGCUCCCUGGCACAACCUCUUUGGGGUGUCCUUUUGCCCCCUGGAGGUGAGCCACGGUUAGCACGAGGCUGGCUGUACGGGAACAGCUUGGAGAAGCGCUCUGUCCAUGUCCCAACAUCGCUCCUGUCCUCCUGGUUCCUGCGUCCUGACGCCAGACUUUGUCACCGGCUGAGUAAGAUUUCUCAGCUGCUCUGCCAGGAGGCGCUGAGCCGGCUGAGGUGUCCUGAGGCACCAGGGUCCGGCUCUCCUCCUUGGGUGGGGGCGUCAUGUGUUCUGCUGCAGGACCAGGUCCUGGUGCAGAGGCGCUGGCUCCCCGGAAGCCUGCCAGCGGCCGGCUCUCCGCACCGUCUUGGGUCAGCGCGUGCUGCAAGGGCAGCUGAGGACAGCUCCUGCCUGCUCUGCUUAAAACCCGGGGAUGCGCGGCAACUGGAAAGAAGCAGCCAGCCACCUCCCACGGGCGGAAGUGAAUCAGGCGACUUGGACUAUUACUGGUUGGAUCCUGCCACGUGGCACAGCCGGGAAACCUCGCCCAUUAGUUCGCAUCCUGUAACGUGGCAGCCAUCCAAAGAGGGAGAUCGAUUGAUUGGGCGUGUCAUUCUCAACAAGAGGACAACCAUGCCCAAGGAGUCGGGAGCCCUGCUGGGUCUGAAAGUUGUUGGAGGCAAAAUGACUGACUUAGGACGCCUUGGUGCCUUCAUCACCAAAGUAAAGAAGGGUAGCCUUGCAGAUGUAGUUGGACACUUAAGAGCAGGGGAUGAAGUUCUAGAAUGGAAUGGUAAACCCCUGCCGGGAGCUACAAAUGAAGAAGUUUACAACAUUAUUUUAGAAUCAAAAUCAGAACCUCAAGUUGAAAUUAUUGUUUCAAGGCCUAUUGGUGACAUUCCACGGAUUCCUGAGAGCUCCCAUCCUCCACUGGAGUCCAGUUCAAGUUCCUUUGAAUCUCAGAAGAUGGAAAGGCCUUCCAUUUCUGUUAUUUCUCCCACGAGUCCUGGAGCCCUAAAAGAUGCCCCACAAGUCUUGCCAGGACAGCUUUCUGUGAAGCUGUGGUAUGACAAAGUGGGACACCAGCUGAUUGUAAAUGUUCUGCAAGCAACAGAUCUACCCCCUAGAGUAGACGGGCGUACCAGGAACCCCUAUGUCAAAAUGUAUUUUCUUCCAGAUAGAAGUGAUAAAAGUAAAAGGAGGACCAAAACUGUAAAGAAAGUGCUGGAACCAAAAUGGAAUCAGACGUUUGUCUAUUCCCACGUGCAUCGCAGAGACUUUAGAGAGCGGAUGUUGGAGAUCACCGUGUGGGAUCAGCCGCGAGUGCAAGAAGAAGAGAGUGAAUUUCUUGGUGAGAUCCUCAUAGAGCUGGAGACGGCCCUUCUAGACGAUGAACCACAUUGGUACAAACUGCAGACGCAUGACGAGUCUUCGCUACCUCUGCCGCAGCCCUCGCCUUUCCUGCCAAGGCGGCACAUCCACGGGGAGAGCGCCAGCAAAAGACUGCAAAGGUCUCAGCGCGUCACUGAUAGCGACAUCUCAGAUUAUGAGGUUGAUGAUGGUAUUGGCGUGGUUCCCCCAGUGGGUUAUAGGUCUAGUGCUAGAGAAAGCAAACCUACGACGUUAACUGUGCCGGAACAGCAGAGGACCUCGCAUCACCGCUCGCGCUCCGUGUCUCCUCAUCGCGGCGGUGACCAAGGCCGGCCGCGCUCCCGUUUACCAAAUGUGCCAUUACAGAGGAGUUUAGAUGAAAUUCAUCCAACCAGAAGGUCACGUUCUCCAACCAGACACCAUGAUGCCUCCCGAAGCCCAGUUGAUCACAGAUCCAGAGAUGUGGAUAGUCAGUAUUUAUCAGAACAAGACAGUGAGCUUCUCAUGCUGCCCAGGGCAAAACGAGGACGCAGUGCGGAGUGCCUCCACACGACCAGACAUCUUGCUAGGCACUAUAAAAUGCUGCCGCCCAAGAUGCCUUUGUUAGAGAGCGGUUCCCACUGGGAUGCUUACAGCUCAAUUCUGCCUGCACAUACCAAACCCAGACCAGUGACUAGACAGGAUUUCCGCCCCCAUCAGGAGCACUUUAACUCAGGAGCACUGACGUGUCCUGAUGAAAUCUGGGCUAGUGAGCUGCGGCCCUCCCUUGACAGGGCCAGGAGUGCUAGUACCACCUGCUUGAGACCAGACGCUAGUUUGCAUUCACCAGAACGAGAAAGGGGUAGAUGGUCCCCCUCCCUAGAUAGGAGACUGCCUCCUAGCCCCAGGAUUCAAAUCCAGCACGCAUCUCCGGAGAAUGACAGGCACUCCAGAAAGUCUGAAAGAUCUAGCAUCCAAAAACAGACUAGGAAAGGCACCACCUCUGAUGCAGAAAGGGUUCUUCCACCAUGUCUUUCUAGAAGGGGAUACGCAGCCCCGAGAGCGACUGAUCAUCCAGUCCUUAGGGGAAAACAUCCCGCUCGCUCCAGGUCGAGUGAGCACUCUAGUGUCAGAGCACUGUGUUCUAGCCACCAGCUUGCCCCCGGAGGCUCAGCACCACCUUCUCCGCUUCUGACAAGAAUGCACCGGCAAGGAAGCCCAAGCCAGUCGCCUCCCGCGGACGCAGGCUUCAGCAGCCGCAGGGGCCGGCAGCUCCCACAGGUGCCCGUGAGGAGUGGCAGUGUAGAACAAGUGAGCUUAGUAGUGGAGGAGCGAACGAGACACAUGAAACUGAAAGUGCACCGGGUUAAGCAGACGGCAGGGUCUGGGUCUAGUCAAGAACUCGAUCGCGAGCAGUAUUCCCAGUAUAACAUACAUAAAGAUCAAUACAGAAGCUGUGAUAACGUCUCUGCCAGAUCAUCAGAUAGUGAUGUCAGUGAUGUGUCCGCCAUUUCCAGAACCAGCAGUGCCUCCCGCCUCAGCAGCACAAGCUUUAUGUCAGAGCAGUCUGAGCGCCCCGGGGGUAGAAUCAGUUCAUUUACCCCUAAAAUGCAAGGCAGACGGAUGGGGACUUCAGGAAGAGCCAUCACGAAGAGCACCAGUGUGAGUGGAGAGAUGUACACACUGGAGCAUAAUGACGGCAGCCAGUCAGACACGGCUGUGGGUACCGUUGGAGCAGGUGGAAAGAAGAGGAGAUCCAGCCUGAGUGCCAAGGUGGUUGCCAUAGUGUCUCGAAGGAGCAGAAGCACAUCCCAGCUAAGCCAGACAGAGUCAGGCCACAAGAAGUUGAAGAGUACCAUCCAGAGAAGCACAGAGACAGGGAUGGCGGCUGAGAUGAGGAAGAUGGUGAGGCAGCCCAGCCGUGAGUCCACCGACGGCAGCAUCAACAGUUACAGCUCCGAGGGAAACUUGAUAUUUCCUGGAGUACGGCUAGGAGCGGACAGUCAGUUCAGUGAUUUUCUUGACGGACUCGGACCUGCCCAGCUUGUUGGCCGGCAAACACUUGCCACCCCAGCAAUGGGCGACAUACAGAUCGGGAUGGAGGACAAGAAGGGCCACUUAGAAGUGGAAGUGAUCAGGGCGCGUAGCCUCACGCAGAAGCCGGGCUCCAGGUCCACGCCUGCUCCAUACGUCAAAGUAUAUCUUUUGGAAAAUGGGGCCUGUAUAGCCAAGAAGAAGACGAGAAUUGCACGAAAAACCCUCGAUCCUUUGUAUCAACAGUCCCUGAUUUUUGACGAAAGUCCACAGGGCAAAGUUCUUCAGGUGAUCGUCUGGGGUGACUAUGGCAGGAUGGACCACAAAUGCUUUAUGGGUGUGGCUCAGAUCUUGUUGGAAGAACUCGACCUGUCCAGUAUGGUGAUCGGCUGGUACAAGUUGUUCCCGCCAUCGUCACUGGUGGAUCCCACACUCACCCCCCUCACGCGCCGGGCUUCCCAGUCGUCUCUGGAAAGUUCAACUGGGCCUCCCUGCAUUCGAUCGUAGUGAACUCAUACCAGAGUCAUUCCAAUAAAACUCUGCCUUUCAGGAUAAUAAUCUGAACCAGAUAUUUCAUGAUCAAAAGCAUUGUUGGAGACAAUCAACUCGUGUUUUGCCUGUAGUAGUUUUUCAAUAAUAUGUCCCAAUUGUUGUUUAAAACCUGGCUUCAUAGGACAGAACAAGGCAAUCUACCACAUUACAGUAAGAGUCAGCAUGCUGGUGAGAGUCACUGAUGCUUCUAUAGAUAGAAAAGGAGGAAACU